AUGGGAGAUGAUAAAUUCUUUUCGGGUUGUUCGUGUCACUCGAGUUCUAUGGUGAAUUUGAGCUGUUUUAUGCCCAUUUCUUCUCGUUUGGAUGUGUAUUUUCAACCCACCAAAAGGGCAAUUGAUGAUCUUCCUGAUGAGUGCCUCUUUGAAAUCUUUAAACGUUUGCAAACUGGGAAAUCAAAGAGCUGUUGUGCUUGUGUGUCCAGGCGGUGGCUUAUGCUUCUAAGCACCAUCCGCCGGGCUGAAAAUGGCAACAACUCAUCUGGGUCCUCAAAGUCUGAUGAUACUGAAAUGAGCAGUGGUUGUAAUAAUGGAUAUCUAACAAGAUAUUUGGAGGGGAAGAGAGCAACAGAUACAAGACUUGCUGCUAUUGCUGUAGGAACCAGUAACCAUGGGGGAUUAGGGAAGCUUUCUAUUAAAGGGAUGAACUCCAUAUGUGGAGCUACUAAUGUUGGUCUUACAUCAGUAGCCCAUGGUUGUCCAUCGCUUCGAGCGCUCUCUCUUUGGAAUAUCGCUUCCAUUGGCAACGAGGGCGUGCUGGAGAUAGCUAAAGAAUGCCAUUUGUUAGAGAAAUUUGAUAUAUGUCAAUGCCCUUUGAUCACCAACAGGGCUUUGAUAGCAAUAGCUGAAGGCUGUCUGAAUUUGACUGUUUUAAGUAUUGAAUCUUGUCCAAACAUUGGGAAUGAGAGUCUGCAAGCUAUUGGAAGGUCAUGUUCUAAGCUGCACUCCAUCUCUUUAAAGAAUUGUCCGCUGAUUGCGGAUUGUGGCGUUUCGAGUUUGAUUUCGUCUGCUUCGUGUUCUUUGCAUAAAGUGAAGCUUCAGGCCUUGAAUAUCACUGAUUUCUCUCUUGCUGUGAUUGGACAUUAUGGAAAGUUUGUCACCCAUUUGACCCUUUGCAGCCUCCAAAAUGUGACCGAGAAAGGGUUUUGGAUGAUGGGGAAUGCUCAAGCUUUGAAGCUAUUGAGUUUAUUGACAAUAACUUCCUGUCAAGGAGUUACUGAUGUGAGCCUUGCAGCCAUAGGCAAUGGAUGUAAAAGCUUGAAGCAGAUAUGCUUUAGAAAGUGCUGCUUCAUUUCUGAUGAUGGACUUGAAGCCUUCUCCAAGGCUGCAAGAACACUAACAGGCCUUGAAUUGGAGGAAUGUAACAAGAUCACGAUAUCGGGUAUCGUCGGUUCAUUGACGAACCAUGAACCAUAUCUGAAAUCUUUAGUACUUGUUAAGUGCGCAGGAAUCAAGGAUACAGCACUGCAGUUUCCCCUGCUCUUUCACGGCUCGUCUCUUCGGAGGCUAUCGAUACGCCAUUGUGCAGGUUUUGGUGCUGCUGCAAGCCUUGUCACAAUUGGGAGACAAUGCCCUCAGCUUCAGCAGCUUGACCUUGUGGGGCUCUAUGGUUUAACAGAUGCAGUGCUGCUUCCUUUACUAGAGAGCUGUGGAGGACUUGUGAAAGUGAAUCUCAGUGGCUGCUUGAAUUUAAAUGACGAAUCAGUUCUUGCCUUGGCUAGACUCCAUGGAGCAACCAUUCAGCUGCUUAAUCUUGAUGGGUGUAGGAAGAUCACUGAUAAGAGCUUAGUGGCAAUAGCAGACAAGUUAGUAGUUCUUAAUGAGCUACAUGUUUCGAAUUGUGCAGCCUCGGAUCACGGGCUCCACGCGCUUGCUCGUUCAGAGCAUGUCAAUCUGUUAGUACUCUCAUUGGCUGGCUGCUGUGGGAUAUCAAGUAGAAGCUUGGCUUCUCUUGAAAGAUUGGGGAAGACUCUGGUGGGGUUGAACCUCAAAGGUUGCAGCUCUAUCAGCAGCAGCUCAAUUAAGGCGCUUGUAGAGAAGUUGUGGAGCUGUGACAUCCUCGUAUAAACAAGAGACCAAACAGACCAUUUUGUUCAAGCUCUCUUAACAUGAAUGCUUGUUUCUAUCUGGGUUUUUACUGAUCUAAAUGAACCAAAUUACUAUAAAUCUAAGUCGCCAAAAGCCAAGCUCUGGUCUUGGUUG